GAUAAGAGCCCCACAGCUAGCCCUCUCACAGGCCAGCCUGGCCUGACAGAGCCACCGGCACCAUGAAGGACGAAGUGGCUCUUCUGGCCACUGUCACCCUCCUGGGAGUCCUGCUGCAAGCCUACUUCUCGCUGCAGGUGAUCUCGGCGCGCAGGGCCUUCCGCGUGUCUCCGCCGAUCACCACCGGCCCGCCGGAGUUCGAGCGCAUCUACCGAGCCCAAGUGAACUGCAGCGAGUACUUCCCGGUGUUCCUCGCCACGCUCUGGGUCGCCGGCAUCUUCUUUCACGAAGGUGCGGCGGCUCUGUGUGGCCUGGUAUACCUGUUCGCGCGCCUCCGCUACUUUCAGGGCUACGCGAGAUCUGCGCAGCAAAGUUCCAGAAACUGCUGCAGAAGGCCUGAGACGGAGGACGCCGGGUGGGCGGAGCUGGAGUUGAGACGGAGCCUCCUGGAGGACGGGGGAGGGUGCUCGCCCCCAUCCCAGUCUCAUUAAAGCGUGAUCUCGAGUGCACUCUCUGGGUCGGAGUGGGUCGCGCACUGCGGGUUGUAGAGCUUGGAGGGGCCUAGCUUCAGGCCACAGCAGUCUGUCGGGCUGCUGGGCGGCGGGGCUGCGGAAGGAAAGAGGCCUCUCCUGGGCAGGGGCUCGAUCGGGCCCUGGGUCCGGUCCUCUCCCGCCCUGCUCCCAGACGCUGUUAGUCACACAUCCUUUCCCGCUGGGGCUCACCCCACGGCUUCUCCUCCCUGCGGUCAGCGCUCUCCUCGCCUGUCCCCCUCCUAUGAGGCCUGCCUCUCCACUGACCUUCAGCCGCCCUAUUCCUCAUACCCUGGACUUCACAGCCAACACGAGGGACUUUUUUUUGGUCGGUACUCGGUUACCGGCAUCUAGAACAGUGCAGUGUUCAGGGCAACCUGUUGCGGCCCGCAGAGAACGACGAUGAACGUAGUCAAUGUAGUUUUAAUAGGCGCUGUCCAGUAAACGUCCUAGUGUCUCGGGGGACCAGAUCCGGGGAAGGCCUGCUGGCCGGGAAGAGUCCCUAAAAUGGUGACUUUUAGCUGAGCAGGCAGAGGAGAGGAGCUUUCAAAGCAGGGCAAAAACAAAGGCCCUGAGAUGGAUGGGAGACCCUAAAAUGAGUCACAGACUGGGGACAGGAGCAGGGCCUUGGAGACGGUGGAAAAGGCGGGGCUGAGACCCACGGAGGAGUGGGACGAGGAGGUGGGGGGAAUGCCUUUGGUGAGAGGCGGCUGCAGGCACUUGGGGAGGGAUGAUGGGCGCUAGGGGGCGCGCUCCGAGGAGGGUUAUCACGGAAGUGGGGGCGGUUUGGGGGCGUGGACGCAGAUUCCGCACCAGCUCCAUCAGCGAG